UCUAGUGGAGUCAUUGGCACUGGUUUGUCUGGUUGCGGUGCUCGUGUACAUGUAGUGACCAGUUGCCGGGUUGUUUUGAUCGUGUGGCAUUGUUUGAAGUGCUACAAAAAAGUAUCAUUAGUGGUCAAAAUUGACUGAGAGUGCAAACAUUUCAUUUUUCAAACAGUUUUAGAAUAUCGAUAAAUUUUUUUAUUCUUGUGUACACAUGUAACUAUAAGUGAGUGAUAACACAAACACCAUUUACAUUUUCGUAUUUACACAGAUGUUUUUUUACCUCGUAAAUGACAAAUGUAUGUAAUUGUGCAUCUGUAGUAUUAAACCAAAGAUAUGGUCAAGAUAAUUUUAUGUUUGCUGGUCGCUUAUGCCACUUUGCUGUGUGAAUCACAUGCAAACCCAAUCGAUGGAAAAGCCUUUGUGGCCACUGAGUUCCUAGUGCUGCAUAACAACGAUAUGCAUGCCCGUUUCGAGCAGACUAACGUUAAUGGUGGCACGUGUGCAAAAGAAGACGCCAAUUCAAAUAAAUGCUAUGGAGGCUUUGCACGAGUCGCCUACGAAGUGCGUAAACAUCGAAAAGAAGCAGAAGAAGGUGGUUUACCGGUGGUAUAUUUGAACGCAGGCGACACUUAUACCGGUACACCAUGGUUCGCUAUAUUUAAGGAUAAUAUUAGCGCAGCCUUUUUGAACAUUUUGGAGCCGGACGCGAUCUCAUUGGGCAAUCAUGAAUUUGACGAAAAAGUCGAGGGUUUGAUUCCAUUCUUGAGGAAUGUGAAUUUUCCCGUUCUAACAUGUAACUUGGACCUUAGUAAGGAACCGGAAAUGGCCGCUUCGCAGCACUUGAUGAACUCAACUGUGCUCGAAGUCAAUGGAACCAAAAUUGGUGUAAUCGGUUAUUUGACUCCGGACACCAAGUAUUUAGUCACAUCGAAUACAAUUGAUUUUUUGGAUGAAGUUGAGAGUAUUAAUGAAGAGGCUGCAAAAUUAAAGGCUCAAGGCAUAAACAUCAUUAUAGCCUUGGGUCAUUCUGGUUACCAACGAGAUCAGGAAAUAGCUGCAAAAUGCCCAGAGGUUGAUGUUGUCAUUGGUGGCCACUCCCACUCUUUCCUUUACACCGGUACUGAACCUGAUGUGGAGCGUAGUGAGGGCCCCUAUCCGACAGUUGUCAAGCAGAGCAGCGGCAAGGAAGUACCAGUAGUACAAGCAUAUGCCUACACUAAAUAUCUAGGCAAACUUCACCUACAGUUCGAUAAAGAUGGAAAUCUAAUUGAGUUCGAUGGCACUCCCAUUUUGCUUAAUGCAUCUGUACCACGAGAGAACGAUGUCCUGCAACUACUAGACGUGUACCGCCCGAACAUCACCGAACUGGAGAACUCAAUUGUAGGCCAUACUAAAGUGCAACUUGAGGGUCGCUCUACCGUUUGCCGCCAAUACGAAUGUAAUUUGGGUAAUCUAAUUGCCGAUUCUAUGGUAUAUGCGCGAGUAAUGGAAGAUCAAGGCGGUGUUUUCUGGACGGAUGCGCCAAUUGCCAUCAUAAAUGGUGGUGGUAUUCGUAGCGGCAUCGAUAAACGCUCGGAUGGUUCAAUUACGGCAAAUGACGUUUUAUCGGUUCUACCAUUUAAAAACAAACUGUAUGUGAUUCAAAUAUCAGGAACAAGGUUACGCGCAACGCUCGAAUUGUCGGCCACGAAACGAACCAAGGAUUCUAGUGGUGGAUUUCUCCAGUUUUCUGGCUUACACGUUACCUACAACUACCAAAACGAGGAGGGCAAUCGUGUGACAUCGGUUGAAGUACGUUGCGGAGAAUGUGAAAUUCCAGAUUACGAGCCAUUGGAUGACUCCAAGGCCUAUAGCAUUGUAACGUCUGAAUUCCUAAAAGAUGGCGGUGAUCAACAUGAACUUGUUGAGAAUGGCACUACACCAGUAGUCAUGAAAUGGGAAGAUGAUGAAGCGCUUAGCGAGUAUUUGAAGCAUCGCGACUUUGUUUACCCCGGCAUAGAGGGGCGAAUUACCGUUAUCGAUUCAACAAACUCUGCCGCCUCAAUUCCCAAAUCCAUUAUCUGGCUUAUAUUUGCGCUUCUUUUCAUCGAUUAUUCAAUUAGUCAAAAUUCAAUUUAGUAUUCCAAAAAAGCAUGCUUUUUAUGUAAAGAUACAUAUGUACAUAUGCGUUUUUAAUAUGUAGAAUUUGUCAUUAAAGAAACAGAAUUUAAAUAUGAAAGUAAAUGUAAAAAGUAAACUAAACUUCAAUCGCUAAUAUCUGGUUCUUUAUAAUCAGCGCUACUACAGAAUCCACCAAAGCCCGGUUAUUCGUGAAAUCUUCGAAAAUGCCAUCACUGAAUCCGAAUAGCCACGAACGUAGCGUAUACUUUGAUUCAGUGAUCGCAUUUCCGUUGGAUUUCACGAAAAAUCAAACUACGAUGGAUUCUGUGAUAGCCCCAAUAUGUAUGUAUAAACCUAAUAAUUUGUCAUAAUACACACGUCUUUAUAUUAUGAAAUAAAAAGUGAUCAACUCA